AUGCAGGCAUGCUGCAUACACGCUCACAGCAAGACCUUCGUUCACCAGGUGGCCACGAAGGUUUACCUAGCUCCUGACACGCCGAUCUCACAGUGCUUGCCUUACAGCAUCAAGCAUCAGCACCUCUUCUCCGGCAACGUUCCUCAGCCGGCAGAUUGGCUGCGAGCGUGGCGGGCGUGCCGGACAGCAUCUUCUUUCAAAGGUGCCGUGAAAUUCUAUUCCACGGAAGACUUCGCUGCUGGCAGGAACACGAAGCUUGACAGUGUGAGUCUCAAGAACAUGAUUCUUGUUAUGCACUGGGCUGUCAAGAGUGUUCGCAAGCAGCGUCUCGAACAAGCCACCAGCAUCAGCUUGUCCGUGGACGACCGCAAGGAGUAUCGUUUGGUGAGGUACCGUUGCGAUGUUCCACCGCGCACUGCCAAGCAGUCAGCGGCUCCAGGCUCCCAAGGUCCCCAAGGCUCCCAAGGCUCCCAAGGCUCGGAGGAUGGCCCGCUUGUCGCCGAUGGCUUGCUUGGGGUCUACAAGACAGGUGCCAGUGUUCCUGAAAACACAUUGGAGGAGCACGAUGCGGACAAGAGUCAGGUGAUGGCAGACAGCAUAGGCAUAGUCAUUGACAGGGCCUGUCAGGAUCCGGAAGGCAAAACUGACGAGGAGUCCUGCAGCCGCUUGAAGCUGCACGUGCGGCACUUUGCAGCCGAUCAGUGCACAUCUGCCCGGAAGUGUGGAAGGUUGUUGGUCACUGGCGGCCAGUAUCCUAACCUGGUCUGGGUAAGCCAUGAUCCUGCGCACCAGGUUCGUAUUGCCUACCAGGACCCUCUUCACGCCAUGCCCGAGUUCCAAGACCAGUGGGAGCGUUUGUUUGCUCCCGGCAAGGGCAAGCAUGCGCUUAUCCCGGACAUCCAGAACUCAGAAGUCUGGAAGGCCAGGCUCAUGGCGGCCCAGCAAGAGGUUCUCAGGCUCCAUGGCUCCCAGGCUGGUGUGGAGAAGGUGAUCCGAGCGUUGUCGUUCUCCCAACCUCGGUUUGACUCGUCGGCCACACCAAUGCUGAAGUACUUGUGCAUGAUUCGUGCGAUGGCGGUCUUAUGUGCUAUGCAGGCUGCUGACGAGAGAAACACGGUCGAGAUUCGCUCCCGAGCAGAGCGCGCCUUGCAAAACAUGAAUGCAGCAGCCCUCAUGCGCUGUGGACUCACUUGCGACUACACAUCUGAGUGCCUGGGUUUCUUGCGCAGGAACUUUGACAUUGAGGAUCCAGAUGUAUCCUGCACCCCCAGAGUGCUGGAAGAGUUCACCAAGCGCCAGCGGUUCUUAUUUGUGGAUGGAUACAUCCUCUCCGACAGCUCGCAGGUUCCCAGUUCCGUGGACGGCUCCGAGGCUCCAGGCUCCCAGGCUCCCAGGAGGUGUGCAACCCAGUUAGUUUACGAGGAGAUCCAGACACCAGAGCCGAUCUUCUAUGGCAACAGAGUCCACUACCUGUGCACGAAGGCCGGCAUUUCUGAUGUAAGGCAGAUCAUGGGAACUAUGGCGCACGUGGUCGAGGCGAUGCUGGAGCGUUUGCGAGUAGAUCUGACGGAGGAUGAGAUCGCCGUGGCUCUGCAGGUAUUCAACCUUCGGCUGUGGCAGGAGACGAACCGACAACAGGAGCUAGUGGACUCUACACGCAAGCUCUGUGAUAUGCUCAAGCUUUCGCACGGGGAGAUUGCGAAGAGUCGCAAUCUUGCUUCAGAGAAAGUCAAGGCACUCGGGCACCCUGGCCUGUCCGACACCUUUUGGACAUUUGCAAAGACUGUCCAGCUGCUCAAGGUCGAAAAAGUCCAGGAUGGUGAGGAACAGAACUUGAGGUACAACAACACCUUGUACAACAAGGCCUUACACCAGGCUGCCACAGCAGCUGUUGCAGUGCUGCGGGGUCCAUCCGGUCCCGUGGAGAAGGCUGCCCGGAGAUUGGAGCUGGAAUUUGGGCGGGGCAUCUUGAGCAGUCAGUACUCGAAGUUGAGCAAGCUGUUAUCGCUGACCAACAAGCUCGCAUCUGCUACCAGAAACGCUGUAGACCUGACGGCCUGGAUGAUCGACUCCUUGACGCUGGCCCUGCGCAUGAACAUGGUCACGCCAGCUAAAUGCACCGAGAAGUUUCUGGAUCGAGACCGGAAGACAGGCGAUGCUGGCUUUUGGUUGUCGCGCAUGCUGGUGGUGCAGGUCUUCGAUUAUGCAGCAAAGCUGGCGAACAAGUUGCCUGAGCCGGACAAGGUUAAGCUGACAGGGAUUUUGGCUGAACUCCGUUGCCCUUCCACAUGUUGGGAGAAAUAUCUCUGCCAUGCUGAUGCUGAUCAAGGGGCUGCUGGAGAGGACGACAUGGACGGCGAGGACCCAGAGGACGUGGAGCGCCCUGUUCCGCAGUCCAAGAUUGGAGCUGUUAAAGAGGGUUUCAACAAAGCCAUUGGCAUGCUUUUGGAUUUGCUGCUGGAGCUGAUGUCGGGGAAGUACUACAAGGAUUGCUGCAUGCUGGCUUCGAGUGAAGAUGGCCUUGCAAAGGCAUUGACAGCUGCACAGCUUGGAAGCUCGGAUGACACGGAGCACGAGGAGCCAUGUGCGCUUAUCACUCAGAUGAAGAUCAUUGUCGACAAGUUCGACAACAGCACGAAGUCCGUUGGUGCCACAUCUGCGGCUCCUGCUCCGAGUUUGCUCCAAAGCCUGGCCAAGGCUUCUGAAGCUGACACACCCGAGGAAUGUGUCGAGCGUGAGCGGCAGUGGAAGGCGGUGCAAACGGAACGCCGCAAGUUCGUGUCGUUCUCGGUACCGAACAAGAUCUCGAAGGACUGCCUAGUCAAUGCGUUCAGAGGUUGCGGCAAGGUCUUCACGCACAAGGGCACCUUAAACUCUUCGCACCGCCUGAUCGUUGCCAGUGCGGAUCUCUUGGCAGAGGCUGGUACCGACCCGUGGCUCAAGGGCACUCCGCCAAGCGAGGAAUGGAAAGAGAUCUGUGCCUUUGCCAAAGACAUUUCUGGGCCCGAGGAUUUCGUCGUACUCUUCGACGGCAGAAUGCGGGAAAUUCGCCGCGUGUCCGAAGACCUCCUGCUGAACCAGCAGCACACCGAGGAGUGCACCAUCGUGUACUCAGGUGGGUGCCCGCCGAGAACUGGUCGCACUCGCCGCGUUCCGCUGGCUGCAAAGAAGGUGGAGACAGGAGCGGUUAAGUUCCCGGUCGCACGCACCAAGAUUCAGACGACGAAGAAAGGCUCCUUCACAGUCUGCGGCGAGGCUUCUACGUACCAAGGCACUUACUCAGGCGUGGAGUACCGUGCGGUUUCUGAAAUGCCCCUCGUGUCUGCAGACACCAAGAAGAAGAUCAUUGCUCCGGCAACAACCGGCGACCUCCCGACACCGCCAGAGGACUGGCAGGAUCGCCACGGCUCCGACGUACCCUUGUUCUGGAACGAGUCGAAGCCGAUAGCAUAUUGGAAUGCCAUCAUUGAGGAGUUUUGCGCGGAGGCAGUGUUUGACCUCACGGCUGGCACCGGUGCUCUGAUGGAGGCUUCUUUGACUGCCGGCAUCGCAUACCACGGGUUAUUCCAAGGAAUUUUCCAAGCUACGAUUUCCCUCAGCCCGACGUGGAACUUCCCUGAUGCUGUGCUGAAGAAGAGCCUUUUGCAUAUCUUGAAAAUGGAGGACCCAGCAAGCUAG